AAACUAUUAAUACAUUAUAAUAUUUUAUAAUACAUUUUACAUAUAUUUAAUUUGAAUAACAUAAACAAUUGAACUAUCUGCAUAAGGACCCCCUCUGCAUAAUAUCUAAUUUUUGCUUUAUAAUCAGAAAUUUUUUACAAUUGAUGUGUGAAUGUUAUAUAUAUAUAUAUAUAUAUAUUGUGUGAUAGUAUAAUAUUUAGAUUUAAAAUUUAAUCACUAUUAAUAUUUUGACGAAUUUUAGCCAAUACUCUAUAUCAAAAAAGCAACAUAUUUAACAGUUCAAAACCUUUUAUUCAAGUAUAACCAGUAAGAACUCAGAUAAACAUAAACUCAGAGGGAUCAACGAACCAAAAGACAAAAUUUCAUGAUUGUCUAUGUUUUUGGUAUUUAUCUCAAACGUCGUUUCAAGUUAUAUAUCCACAGUCAUCCUUCUUCAUGUAAUAGCUUAUUCUUCUUCUUCUUGCUUGCUUGUUAAAUAUUUAUGUAGUACUUAAUCAUAAAUAUCUAUUAGACAAGACUAGACAAAACUCUUAUACAAUUCUUUGCAAAAAAAAACGUAUAUGCUUCAUCUACAAAUGAUCUUUGGUUUUGCGAAUUCAUCACUAUUUUAGACCAUGAAUUUUUUCAAGAAACAUAGAUCCGAGUUUCCAUUUAAUUACAAUCUUUUACUUAAGUGAAACACUACUUUAUACGUUUCAAAUUGGUGUAAUUUUAUUUUUAAAAAAUAUUUAGUAAUUAUAAAUGUCGUUAUGCAAAAAAUUUAAAGACACAUGAAACAUAAUGAUUAACUAUCAAUGCCUGAAACAUAGAAAUCAAUUUAAAAAUGUUAAUCUUAGAGUUAACUAAAGUUAUAAAGGAAAUAUGAUAUUUCGAAAAACUAAAAAUGUUAUUUUAUUAAUUAAUACACUCACCAACAAUAACAUUCAAAACCAUUUGAUUACUAUAUAUAUACAUUUAGAUAUCAUCGUAAGAGGAGAAAAAAAAAUCAAAGAAUAAGUACAAAAUUAAUCAUACAAAAUGGACACUAAGACAAUUUUUAUGGCAUUUUUCAUAAUCAACAUUUUAGUGUCAUGUGCGUAUCCAUGUUUGGGCCAAGAAGAUGUUGACGAUAAACCACUAGUCAAUCCCGGUGAGUUUGAUACAUUGGAUGCAUUAUCGCCGGCUUCGCAGGAGUACAAUAUUUAUAUGUUAGAGAACCUCCCACCAAAAUACAAAACGUAUCUCGGAACCUGCGCUGAUAAAAUGGGGCCCAGUGGUAUUUCGGAAUGUAAUGAAGAUGUUCUUAGAGAGAUUCUUACGAACAAACCUGUUUCAAGAGAGUGUUGUUUGAUGGUAGUAAGAGCUGGAAAAGAAUGCUACAUGGAGAUUAGAAAGUUCAUGUUUCGAUUGUAUCAACUCAAACGCUUUGCUUCUCAAGUUUUUUUCAAAACUAAUGAGGUUUGGAACAGAUGUUCAGCUGAAGUUGAAAGUCCUUCUUCAUCUCACGACCACGCGAUUUAG